AUGCCUACAAAUUACAAGCGCAAGAGUAACCGGCAGUCAUGGACCGCUCAGCAGUUGGAACAAGCCAUUAAGGCUGUAAAAAGUGGAUCGCCGGUGAAGACAGCAGCAAGAAGUUACGUAAUUCCAAGAUCCACACUGAUUCGCCACCUCACAAGUCCAACUGUAUCAACUCGGCUAGGACCUCUUGAUUCCGUAUUCAAUUCUCAACAAGAAGAGGAGUUGGUACAACAUCUGUUGGAUUUGGAAAAGAGGUUCUAUGGAAUAACGAUGACUAAUGUUCAAAAGCUUGCUUUUGAUCUGGCCGAAAAAAAUGGAUUGCCGCACCCGUUCAACAAGUCUACCAAGAUGACUGGAAAAGCUUGGCUAAGCAAUUUUCUGAAACGAAAUCCCAAAUUUUCGUUCCGUAAACCUGAAGCUACCUCUGCCGCCCGAGCCAGAGGCUUCAAUAAGCCAGCAGUAUCUGCGUUUUACGAUUUGCUGGAAGAAGCGCUGAAAGAUCCCAAAUUGACGCCAGAUCGUGUUUUGAACUCCGAUGAGACUAGUGUUUGUACCGUUCCUCCGAAGAAGUCUAAGGUAGCGGCAUUGAAAGGCUAA